AUGGGACUGGAUGCAGCUCCAAGUUCCACAAAUUUUGCUACCGAAAUCUCGGUCUCAUCACUGUUGUGCGACUUGAGAAUUUUAUUAACCUUUUUAGCCUGCAUUAUCAAAUCUACAAAGAAAAUACUUUGUUCCUUUCCAUCCCAAGUGGACGAUCAACAAUCUCUUACUCAGACCAUUAUUCGAUCAACUCUGCUUCCUUUGGCUGAUCUCUCUUUGAAAAUCCAACCCGUCUCAAUGCAGAAAAAUAAUUGCUCGAGAUACAUGUACCAACGAUCGCUGGUUAAGGCUGAGAUUCUGGAUUCUUGGACGUGGAGUCGAAUUGAGCGAAUCAUGGAAUCACUCACAUCCUCUGUGCUUGAAAGUACCGAUUCAGCUAUGCUACACAAGCCUCGUUUCACCCUAUCUAGCGUCCUAGACACUCCUGUAAAACACGAGAGCUCAGAGGUCAAGAAAUCUGCGGUUUUUGCACUCCGCCCCAUUCACAGUCGGCUGCAAACACCUAAUCUAGUGGCGGGCCGAGUGGCUGCACGGCCUGAAUCCGGUGUUGUCAAAGGCGCCGUCCAGCACCAACGAUUGGAUCCGACGAAUAUCUGCAUCAUCGGUACAAGAAGAGCUGGUGGUGGUGAUAUCGGCCGAGUCAUGCUUGACGUCAGCACUAAUGCUUCCACGCUUAAGUAUUCCUUAUACAUAGGUCAGCCUGUCGUAAUUAAGGCUACAAACGUGAAUGGUCGCUGUCUUACUGCGUUUAACUUUUAUCAGUUAAAACCUCCUCCCCUUUUCAACAUCGAAGAUGUACUGUGUCCGGACCUCCGUAUUGCAGUCGCUUGUGGUCCUUUCACGACGAACACCACUCAUGAUAUUACGCCAUUGUUAGCUCUUCUAAAAAGUAUCAAAGAGCAACAACCCCAUGUGUUAAUCUUACUCGGUCCAUUCGUUGACUCCUCGCAUCCGCUCAUUGGGCAGUACUGUGACUCCACCUUUGACGAACUUUACCAAUCCCGCCUCAACGCGGUGGCAGAGUGGUGCUUCCUGCUGAAGACGAGAGUUGUCAUAGUGUCCUCGUGGCGCGAGGUCUGUGGAAGUCCUGUUUACCCGACCCCUCCCUCUUUCGAUUCCGCGAAACCGCCCUGGACUAAUACGAAUCCGGAAAUGGCCUCUUGGUAUGAAAACGUGACAUUUGUGUGGGAUCCCAGCACGAUCAAAAUUGGACCCUAUUAUGUUGGUUUGUCUUCGCCUGAUGUACUCUUCCAAAUGAGUUCAGAGGAGAUAAGUGCCAACUGUUCUGGCGAUCGCUUGGCUCGCCUUUGCCGGCACGUCUUGACUUCGGGGACGUACUAUCCGGUUCAUCCAGCGUCCGAAGACCUGCCUCUUGACUAUCCUCUAUGGUGCGAGCACGCCCAACUACCCCCGGAUCACUCUCCUCAUUGCAUCGUACUGCCCUCUAGACUUAGAACAUUCAUCAAGGAUGUGGAUGGUGUGGUAUGCGUCAAUCCUGGGCUGACUGCACGCCCAAGCAGUGCCACUGGUGGUAGCUAUGCUCUACUACUUUUCACCAGAUCCCAAGUUGGUGAUAAUAAUCAAACGGCUGAGAGGGUAUGCAAAAAAGUAGCUAUUUACGGCGAGGUACUACAGCUCUAG